CAAAAACUACAACUGAUAUUAAGUUGUACAAAAUAGUCAUUAUCUUUUCUUUAUAGUUGUUCAAAUUCAUAAUGAAAUUGAAUUUCCUGUUUUGGAAACAGUGCUACUUUCCCAAUUCUUCCUGAGCCAAGACUUUAAACAAUAUCCUGAAUUAUUUUCCCAUAGAUUAAUUCUCAGAACAUCACAAUAUCUUUCUUCAAACAUAAAAAAAAAAUUAAACAGAGAUAAAAUCACUAGGUAGUUCCUGUUCAACACACAGCUCCAUGGGCGUAGCCCCCCCCACCACUAGAGGAAGAAGGAAGUUCUAAGAUGUUAAAUACUGGGACCAGCUUCCCUAGCUCAGCUUAGUGGUCUGACUUUCCAGUCAACAUGAAGGCUUUUCUGAUUCUGGGGCUUCUUCUCCUUUCUGUCACAGUCCAGGGCAAGGUCUAUGGAAGGUGCGAGUUGGCCAGAGCUCUAAAAAGACUUGGAAUGGAUGGCUACCGUGGAAUCAGCCUGGCAAACUGGGUGUGUUUGGCCAAAUGGGAGAGUAGUUACAACACCAGAGCUACAAACUACAACCCUGGAAGCAGAAGUACUGACUAUGGGAUAUUCCAGAUCAAUAGCCGCUACUGGUGUAAUGAUGGCAAAACCCCAAGAGCAGUUAAUGCCUGUGGUAUAUCCUGCAGCGCUCUGUUGCAAGAUGACAUCUCUCAAGCUGUAACUUGUGCAAAGAGGGUUGUCCGUGACCCACAAGGCAUUAGAGCAUGGGUGGCAUGGAGAAAUCGUUGUCAAAAUCGCAACCUCUCUCAGUAUAUUCAGGGCUGUGGAGUGUAACUGCAAAAUUUUCCUUCCUUCUUCAGCUCAUUUUGUCUUCACCAUAAUAAGGGAGUUGUAUUUAAUUGAAAGUUCACACUACCAUUGUUUCCCCUUCAAACAAAUAGCAUUUUUACAGUAGCAAGAGCAAAAUAUAACCUUUCUCAUAAUAGCCAUAAUAUUUACGAAUGUGUCUAUAAUUUGGUAGUGAACCCCCAUUUUCAGCUUGCUAAUAAAGCUAAUGCUGGUGAAAAUUUAUCUGCAAACUUGAUUAUCCAAUACAUCACCAGUACAGUUUUUCAUUAAUGAAAUACUAGUAUUUCCCAGUACUAUAUAAAAGUAUAACAAAAGGCCAUCUUAAAAUCAAUUGAUCUUAGGCAAAAUCCAAGCCGUGUAGGCAUCCAAUGCCUCCCAUGCACAUACUCAUAUCCAAAAAUAUGAAAAAUAAACACUCUGUUGACAGCAUAUAAUUUUUUAAAGGAAUGGAGUGCCAAAUGGCUUAGAUGGAUACUGACUGAAUUAAGAAUUUUGUUCGCACAAAGUUUGUGGCCUUUUGUUUAAGUAUUUUCUUGAAAUAUUGCAUUUAUACAGCAAAGAGACUCACAAUUUAUAUAUCAAUCUUUUUUAAAGGGCACUUAGGUGCAUCUUGCUGACUGUAGAAACAUCAUGAGGGAUUAAAUGGGCUAUUGCUGUUCCCCAAUUUUAUUGCUUGCAUUACUGAAUUAACCACAGGAGUGAAAUUAUGCAUAUGUAAAAAUUACAAAUGUUAUCAUUAAAUGGUUGCAUUUCUUC